CGUCAGGGCAGGCUGGAAUGCAGAGUUUCUUGCGAUGGAAAGGCUUGAGGACUUGAUCGCCAAUGCGAUGAACAGAGUUAAGGCGAUCAUAGAUAGAGGUCGGGUUGAUGCGAUGAGUACAGUACUCAGAAUAAUGCGAAGGUCUAAGUAUUUGUUUGUAUGAUUUUCAGUUAACUAGGGGCAGGGGCGGCUAUUCAUCCGAGUAGAUGAAAACAAUGACUAUUGCAUCAACUUGCUGCAGCCUUUAAAUUUGCCACGAGAGCUGCACGAGGUACAGCAAAGACCUCCUCCUCCGCAACCAGAUGGAGCACAGACGACCAAGAUGAGAUCGAUUUUUUUGCACCAUCUUGUAUUCCCUUUUGCGUUGCACUCUCGUUACACCAGAACCUGGAGGAAAAAGUAGCGGCAGCUACUCGUACAAAUAGAACGCUAAGGCUCAAAUAAUUCAUUCCCAAGGCUCAUUCCCUUCUGUGUGUCCUUCUUAGACGAGCUUGGAGAAAGGAGCUAAAGAAAUGAAAUGUUUUCAGCUCAUCUAAGAACUACAUUGGUGGACCGCGAGCGAGAGGGGCAUCAACUACAGCAUGAUGCGGGUCCCAUUGUCGCUCUCGACAGCGAAAUCGUCCCCAUGGAUCUUUACACCUUUGAAGAGGAAAGGAAGGGAGGACACGACGAGGACGACCAGCACAUCGACAUCAUUAUAGAAGACAAUUAUAACAAGAGUAGUAGACUAAGGGUAGGCUUUUGGUGUUUCUGGUAUCGUUUGUUUUGACUCUCCCAAGAGGGAAGGGCAUACUAACAAACCGGGGAGAGAAACGCCAAGGCCCUCCCGCUAAGUAGAGGCAGAGACAAGGGCCACCUCCAAAGGUGCCAGAACUACCCUACGAAUGCGAAUGCGAUCACAACUACCCGGAGCACCACUUCCACCGAUGCUAAUAACUACAACAACGUAGGCCUCAAAAUCAACAACUCUUUUGCUACCUUAACGAAAACAACAUACCUCUCGCUUGUUGAGGAGUUUGCUCGGCGCUUGAACGCGUCACGGUUCGACUCAUCUUCCAUUAUGGCCAGGUUCGUUUUACGAAGUGUUCCUGUAGUUGCCGUUAGUUGGCCUCAUAAGUACGGGGGAAGACGUAACUAACGGAAACGGGGUAAGGGAACAGGAACACCAAAUUCUUGCCUAGUGUCGCUAGCUCCUGUAGUGUGACUAGUUCCAGUUCUAAAGCUCGUGUGACUAGUUCCUGCUGUGGUACUAGUGUGGCAGAGCGUUUGGAGGAGUGGGCUGCCGAAAAUAGGACGACGGCAAGGCUUCUCUUGGAAGUAGAUCGAUUCGGAACUAGAAAAGCACCAGGGCACAAGAACUCUACUUCAUCGUCCUCGACGUCCGGCACUAAAAGUACUUGUACAAGUAUCACCAAGAAUACUAAAGCAGGUGUUGAAAAAGAAAGUGAAAACGUGUAUGACGCCACUCAUUGAGAGCGAAGCCGAAGACAUGGGGACGUCGUUCCUAAGUCAGAAGGUAAAGGGGGACCGACAUUCUCCUAUCGACGUUCUCAAUGAGUGGAAGCAUUCAAAAUGUAGCGUCUUCUUCCUUUGUCAAUCAUGUUUUUGCGGGUGUGAUUUCACGACGUCAAACAGCAUCGCUUUCGAAGGUUUUCCUAGAAGGGGCGAACGACAACCAGAACGAGAAUAAUCAGAAUAAUAUGAAUGAGCCGGCUCGUCCUGUUCUUGGAGGUGCUAGUGAACAUGCUGAAGCUGGACCACGAGAGUUGUCGUACAACGUCUCCAGCAUGACGAGCUUAAUAGAUUCUGCCUACAGGAAGACUCAUCUCGCAUUUCAGCCACCAGGUGCAAAUCUUUUGCCUUACCGCCAGGUGAGUGUCCCUGUGCCGCGGCCGCCAGAAAUGCGGGCGCCUCUUCUUAAGAUUCUAGUUGUACAUGGUAGCAGGCAAGCGCAAGUAGAGUAAAAAGCAGUGCAUUACCUUCUUCAACUACAACUAGCUAGGGUUUAUUAAUGUCGUAUAGCUCCUACACCUACUGCUACAACUACUACUUCUGAAGGCUCGAGGCAUGCUUCAAGAGUCGAGAAGUAUAGCGACAGCAGAAAAGAACUGUGGUUGCUAGAAAAAAUUGAUAAAACCGGUAUUGUAGCUUUGCUUCGGAGGCUGUACUAUGAUACUGGGUGGCCUCAAAAGUAGACAAUAAUAGCUACAGAAGAGGCGCCAUGGCAUGACAUGACUACUACUAGAUAGCAGUAGUUAAUAUUUUGCUUAAGAAAAAUGCGCUUCAUCUCGCAGUUAGAUUUAAUGUUGCACUUCAAUAUCUUAUUAUAUCUUCAGGUUCAGCUACAAACUCCUGCCAGCCCUUCUAAUAUUCCCGUUGCUGCCUCAACGAGAACGACACAUGACCAACAACAGCGUGAAGCCGAAGCCAUGCAUGCCAAGUGGGAUGCUUACAUGCGGGAACUUGAGUUAAGGGUUGGAAGUUGCCCUCUCUAGGGGCAUCUCUACGGCUCCUCUAAGUACUCGAAAACUGAAAAUAUUCGAGUUGGUGACUGCAAUAGGAGAGCAAAGGCUACUCUUCCUUCAGUAUCUCGGUUACUUGCGUGUUUCAGUUUAUCGAAUAGAAAAGCCAUAGAUAUGCGAGCUUCCAGAUGGGGUCAAGUUUCAACCCCUAAUAGAAGAGUACUGUGAACAUCUUGUGGACUUUGGCAGGAAACAGGGCUACGUUUAAGGCUACCAAGCGAGCAUCCUCAAACAACAUCAUCCCUGCCUCAUUUUCAAGAGGGAAAUGGAUCCACGGAUGGCCUCAGGGAUGCACGUUGGUAGCUCUAAUACGUACCGGAGCCGUCGUUUUCUCUCUCCUCCUACGUGAAGUGUUUUGACGUGCAGAUGGACAAGGAAAAGGUGACUUCGCCGGACGUCGAGGUAAAGGAGAAGGAGCAAGAUCCCCGUUCUACAAACGGAAUAGACCACGUAGAUGAAGUAGGAGUAGUUGUAGACCAGGACGGCGCUCAUCUUCAAUCUUCGAUAGUCAGUUUGGUCGUCGACGAGGGGACCUCCCAAGAAAGUAGUACAUUGAUCGAUGCCUCUGCUCCCUUGGUCGCUAGGUGGAAGGCUUCUACACUGUCAACGAGUACAACCAGAAAUAAUAGAAACUAUACUUCUCCAACUCCCGCAGCUCUUGCAAGUAGAAAUACUUCUACAACUACAACAGCUGCUGCUGCAGCUUCUGCUGCAUCAAAAGUUAAUCAUGAGAAGACUGCACAGCUGCGACUCUUGAACGAUUCGCAUUCUAUAGGUGGAGGAGGAGCUGGGCUGUUGUAUGCCGAUGUUCUACGGAAUGAAUCCGUUAGUAAAACAGCGACAACAAGUAUGACAGGAUCAAGUGUACUCAUAUGCAACGCAGGAGACACUUUCUAGCUACUUAGGAAAGUGCCCCCUUAUUUCUUGAGUAUGAGCACACUCUUUGCUGUCAUAACAGGGGAUGCUUUUGAUCUUGCAGCUACAGAGAACCGCUGCUUGCCCGUGACAGAGGGACAGAGGGAAGAUGCGUUUGAUCUUCCUGCUUGUUCAGACACUAUUGAAGAUUAUAAGGAGGUAGCUGCAGGAAUACCAUCCGCGAAAAAGGACAUUUUCCGACCACUUGAUGAUGAUGCUGGUGCUUUCUCAUCUUCAUCUUCUCAGAAAACAACACAAAUUUUGUGUAGUAGUUCCGAGGUUGCACCCACAGAAAAUACCAUCCCUUACAUCACGUCGCAGAGCAAGAUGAAAAGUAAACAGCUGCUGCCAGCGAAAGCACCCUCUAAGCAGGUAGUCUUAAGGGUGCUGGACUUUUGGUGUUUCUGUUGCCGCUUGUCUUGACUCUCCUGCUAAGGGGAAAGAGCAUAAGAAGCGGGGAACGGAAACACCAAGGCGCUAGCACCUCUAAUAAUAGAAAUAGUUCCCGCGAACAUAAAGCCUCCUCAGCAAGUCGUGGCAAUGAAACCUGCCCCACCACCCAAGGCACGAGGUAUUCCAAUUCGAAGAAAGAGUGCAGCAGGACUAAACGCCCUGCCUGGUAAAGCACGACUCUCCAGCACAUCAGGUAGAGCCUGGCCUAGCAACACGAGCAAUCUUCGAGGUGAAGAAACCGGAUCACUAGUAAGGCUGCAACGCAACAAGAAAGCCAUCUUCAUCUUGAUCUUCCCCAGCGUCUUCCGUCGUCCCGUUUUUUUUGAAGGGACGAAAAGGAAAAGGGGGCCAGGGAUGCUUUUCAAGAUGGAUUUCUCUUAGUAAGUUCUAACACUAGCAAGCGGUACGACUAGUUCCAUUUCCUCUUCUUCGUCGUUUUCCAAAGCUGAAAACUUCGUCAACAACAUGUCGUCAGCAUCCGGAAGUGCCAGUUCUAGUGUCAGUUUCACACUGUGCCCGCCUCCAUCAAGCACACGUUCUUGGGAUACGACAAGAGCUGCCGCGUUGGGCAAUAAAGAUAAACUUUCUCCAGCUAUAUCGGCAAGAACUACUUCAACGCUGCUGCCAAGCCUGCAGCAGGAGUUCGGGUUGAACAACAAACGUAAAGUAGAGAAUCUUCCUUUACAGCAUCUAGAGUUGUUAAGGCUUGUUGCUGAAGAGUUCCAUCUUAGCCAGCAUCUUCGGUCCGUUUCCUAAUGAGAAACGGCCACCAAGAUGCUCGGCAAGAUAGAUUUAUUAUACCUCUACUAAUAGAAGGCGGGCUACGACUACCUCCACAACAGGACCAAGAGCCAGCACAUAAAAACGUAGGUCAUCCACAGACCGCGAAGAAUCUCGAUAAGAUUGGAGGUGGUGGCCGUGAUGAGUUUGCUGACAGCGACAGCGAUAAAACUGAGUGCUCAGAGGAUAUCGCGUAGUGCACCGAUACGUAUAAUACCUUAGCUCGUCCCUAUAAAAAAGUUACAGUUCUUACCUUCAUCUUCAUUUCCUGAUAUCAAGAAGAACAUAUCCUCCUCAUACGUAUAAUACCCUAGCUCGUUCUUCUAAAAAAGUUACAGUUCUUGUUCUUACCUUCAUCAAAUUAUCCAUAUCCAUAAUCCUCCCGACUGACCAACACAAAUAUGAAGAAGUAGAUUGACCGACGUGUCUAGUAAGACCUUUUGUUUUCUAGUGGAGCACGAGCAGUUGGCUCUUGUUGUUUCUACUAGUACUAGUCGAUCCUUUUUAUAAUAGAGUGAUAUUACUUACAUUUUGGACGCCAUUGAUAAGUUCGCACUGUCGCUUCGACCCAGAGUGUGAGGUAAAACGAGACUCGAUUGAGAGAAUGCGUUUCUUUCCCUCUCCUACUCCUUCUUAAUACCGUAUGCACCUUGCCGGCCUUACCUUUCUAGGGCCGAAUGGUGCUAUAUUCCACUUAACGUUAGGGUGCGGCUAACUCUAGUUUCUGUCUUGGUGAACCGGUACCCAUGGCCCUGACAGUUGUGGCGACCUAGAGUUAGCGCGAGCACCUACCCCCUCUUGUUCCUUGCGCCUAAGGACCGGGGAUGGGACGCCAUGGGCUGUAUGCACCCAACUAUCUAGUUAUUAAAUAAUUAAAUUAUCCAUAGUUAAGUUCAACCUCGUCUUCUGCUUUUGAGUGCUGAGUGUGAGUGCGUACAGCUUUUACCUACGACCUGCCAUUCCUCUUCUACAUCGAAGAUCAGGGACAACGACUGGAC